GCGCCCAUCGCAUUUACUUUUUCAAUGCAGACUGAGAACAAUGGGAUAAGUAAAAGUAACUAACAAUAAUAACCAAUUUGCUGUCGUUGAAAACACGAACCAUUCACAGAACGCGUAGAUCACAAACCAAGCACAACUGACAACUGUGCGAACGAAACGAACACGAAUGAGCCUGCACCGGAGUGCACCGAGUACACUUUUCAAAUAAACGAACGUUAAAUUCAAGCUCGGAGAUCUCAGAUCAAAAUAUCGAACGCAGGGUAAACCGAUAUAUAUGUAUUUUGUUUUUGUAUCAUGUGCAUCGGGCGAUCAGCUGCGAACGCAUAGUCAUAUUUUUACUAUUUAUUUUUUUUUCCAGUCGUAGUAGUCGUACACACACCGAAACGACAACUUUGCAUAUUCGUUUUGAUAAGAAUUUAUAUUUUUAUUUAUCAGUUCCCACGUAUAUUAUCAAAUAAUAUUAUUGCUUAAUCAGUUUUUACUAAAUUUUUAGGCAAAAUGGCUUACGCUUUACCCGAAAGUAUCCUUAGCAAACAAGUGUGUUCUAAUUGCAAGCAAUACUUAUCAUUUCCACCCACCAAAAACUAUUUCAACGGUGAAAUUAAGUGCGGUCGUUGUUCCAGUAUUAAUGAUAAUAAUUGUACUGUUUCUUCCUAUGAAAUUUUGGCUAAAAACUUGAUGUUCCCUUGUGUGAAUCGAUUUGGAGGCUGCCCGAAAAUGUUGCAUUAUGAGGACGUUAAGAAACAUGAAAACCAUUGCGUUUCGAACAUUGUACUUAAGUGCCCGUUAUGUCAAGAAAUUGAAGGUUCCGUGUUGUAUUUGAUUCAUCAUUUUAAAAUUGAACAUCCAAAGGAACUUUUACUCAAGCCAAAAAUAGUGAUUAGUGAUUUUUCUCAAAAAAUAUCCAACAAAAUCUUUUUAUAUUGCGACUAUGAAACUGCAAGAGUUUUUUAUUUAACAAUUUCAUGGGAAAUGCGCAAUUUUUUCUUAACCUGUGCUACUAUUGUUGAUGAUAGGAAAAUUCCACAAGUGUUUUUGAAGUUUUUUGAUGAAGAUGAUAAAUUGAUACAUGAAACAAAUCCUGAAAAGUGUAUGGGCUUACCUGAUUUUUUAUCAGACCGGGAACAAUUUGUUUUUGUGCCUCCAGCAGAACUUACAAGAUUUUGUUGUUAUAUAAAAUUUGAUCACAGUGCUCCUUUAAUGCAAAUUCAACAAUUUCACUUACAAAAAACUGACAAAUAUAAAAAACAAACAUUAAGAAAAAUGUAUUUGGAUGAAGAAUUCAAAAAUAAAUAUGAGCAAAUGGAUUUGAGAACCUUUAAGCUAUCGGCCAAUUACUUGCAAUUGAUAAACGAAAAAAUUGUUUUGCAAAUUGCUUGCGACUUUUGUGAAAACUUUUUCGCAUCGUCAGGGUUCGAUAAAAAAAUCUAUAAUGAUCCAAGCGAGGAUUCAAGCUGCUUUGUAUGUGGUACUUGUUAUUCAAGGGGAAUUACCAAAAGCCUAAAGAAUAGUGGAACCCAAAAACUGGAAUUACUUGAUGCCGGCAACAGCCCAUUUUAUUUAUUAAAUUUUUAUUGUAAAUUUGGUUGUAACAAAUUUUGCAGAAGCGGCGAACUGCUUUCGCAUGAAGACCACUGCGAAUUUAACAUGAAACGUGAUUUAUCUGGAGAAGAAUAUGUUAAAUUGGUAUUUGACAAACAUUUCAUUAAUGGCCAAAAAUAUAAUAGGGAGAAUGUAAUAUUGGAACCCAAUAAACUUAAAGCAAAAGGCAAAAUUUUUAUAGCGACAAGAGAUAAUUUUAAAUGCAUCAUUGAUUAUGAUGUGGACUAUACACAUUCUAAAUGUAACUUCCAUGUUAAUCACAACUACGACUCAAGAAUUUAUUAUAUUUUAGUACAUAAAUGGGAAAAUCAAAAAUUUAGUGUCGAAUAUAAUGAUUUUUCUAUGAAAACUAUUGUCGAUCGGGACAGUCCAUCAAUGUUUGCGGUUAUUUUGAAGGAAGUCCAUAAAGAUUUGGAGGUAUUUUAUGAUACAUGAGAUUUUUUUGAUCAAUUUAAAAAUUAUUUGUGGGGCAUGUAUUAUGAAUUAGGUUUUUUUGGGUUCUUUUUUUUUAAUUAGAAUUAGAAUUAUUGUUAAAAUAAUCUCAACUACUUUUUUGUUCUGGAAGAAUUUUUAUUUUCACAGUAAACUCAGCAAUAACUUUCUAAUAUAGUCUAAGGUUCUCAUGAUAUAUCCUGAAGAGGCAAGAUUGAACAGGAUAAUUUUAAAUAAUUGUCGAAGGUCUUUCAAGAUCAACUAAACUCAUAAUGAUGUAUUCUGAGAAGUUAAAUAUUAUUUAUAAUUCAUAAAGCCUGUUUAAUUUUAAACGCUCCGCCUCUUUUAAUAAAUCCCUUUUAUCAAUUUUAAUUUUUUUCCAUGUCUUAUUAUUCUUAAGUCUUAUUUAAUUUCAGUAUUUUUUUCAAAUAAAGGUGGCAUUCAUAAAAAUAGAUGAUGGUGUAAAACUGGUGUUUUAAUUGCUAAUAUUACCCAUUUCUCUGCUUUUCCUGAAGGACGAAUGUGCCUAGAAUGUUCG